AUACAAUUUUCCUAAGACAAUUAAACUAUGCACUCCUUCAAACUUAUUACAAAAAUAAGAAAAUUUCAUUACGUUGAUCAUGAGAAGAUAGUAAAAUUUCUUCUUCCUUAUUUUUUCCAAAAUAUUCAUAACUGCUGCCGUUGCCAUAAACACCCCAAAUAGCAUAGCAUAAAUAAAAUACAAAAAUAAAAUUUUCACAAAAAUAUUGAAACCACCCCAUAUUCCUAAUUUAAAAAUCUUUAAACAUCAUUUAAGUAUCCACAAUUACAAGCAAAAUGAAAACUAGAAUUUUCCAAGUACACUUGUUCACUCAAAACCUAAAAAAUCUUUAUUUCGAUAACACGAUAUUUUUCCACUGAUAUUUCGUACACGAUUAUGGUUAUUUGCUGGGUAUGCUACGGUUGCAAUAUUGCUAAAGGUUAAAGAAAGCAUCAUUAUCCAUUAAAUUAUGCACAUAUUACUUAUUGCGCAUAUGAAGCUCGAUAACAUAAAUCAUAAGUCAGUUAAUGUUAUUUUAUAUUAUCUGCGGUACUCUUGCAUUUUGUAAUCACUCUAUCAACGUAAUUAGCAUUGCGAUUAUGCAAGUUGAUAUAUCAAACGAUAAUAGAUCAAAUUAUUAUUAAUUUUAAAUUAAAAGUACAGUAUUCCAUUUGGUGUUCCAUGGUUGAUUUAGAACAAAUCUCCCCCGAGAAAUAAUGCAAAUACCUGAUUUUCCAAUGAAGCAUGAUGAAGGGCCGUCGUUUGUUCAUCACAGCGUGAUUCGAGAGUACCUCGGGGAUUAUGCAAAACAUUUUAACCUGUACCCUCAUAUAAAGUUAAAUACACUGGUAAAACACGUGGAGCCAGAAAAAUUGCCAAACGACCAAGUAAUAUGGAUGGUCACUUACCAGGACUUGGAAAGCAAAGUAGAAACAACUAAAACGUUCGACGCUGUGGUCUUGUGUAAUGGUCAUUACACUGUAGGUCAUAUUCCACACAUUCCUGGUAUUGAAAGUUUCCCUGGCGAAUGUAUACAUAGUCAUCAGUACAGGAUACCGGAAGUGUACGCCAGAAAGAAAGUCUGCAUCCUCGGUGCAUCUUGGUCUGGUAUCGAUAUCGCUCUUGAGCUCUCGCAAUAUGCAGAAAAGAUAUAUUUAAGCCACAAUUUACCGGAUCCGGUGGAUUCAAGAAUAUUGAAACACACGGAAGAAAGGCCCGGAAUCGAAUCGAUCCAAGGAAACAUUUUCAUCUUCCGUGAUGGUUCCACGGCCGAAGUAGACAGCUUCAUAUAUUGCACCGGCUAUAAAUUCACGUAUCCCUUUGUGUCAGCUAAAGUUGGAAUAACAACGACUGACAAUCACGUCGAGCCAAUGUACAAGCACCUGAUACACACCGAUUACCCGAAUUUAUUUGUAAUGGGUCUACCAGGACUUGUCAUUCCUUUCCCCAUGUUUCAUCUGCAGGCUCAAUAUAUCUUGGGUAUUCUUGAGGGUCGCGUUCGGUUACCUUCUUGCGAGAAGAUGCGCCAAGAAUACGAAGCUGAGAAAAAGGCUCUCCUCGAUCAGGGUAUUCCGCUCAGGCAUAUUAGUAAGCUAAAGGACAGACAAUGGGCAUAUUACGAUGAAAUUGCUGCAGCUGCAAAUAUCCCAAGUCUCCCGCCAGUAAUCCGAAAAAUUUACGAACACACAAAUCAACUACGGGAGAUGGACAUCGUCACUUAUAAGAAUUACCAAUAUCGUGUAAUUGACGAUGAAAACUUUGUAGUGUGUUGUUGUAAACCUUGUUAGGGCUUAAAAGCAAAGAUCAGAUAGGAAUACUUUGUACUUCAAAAUGUUUGAACCGAAACUGUUCGAAGUUUGCAAUUGUUUUGCGUUCAGCGAUAAGGAUAUCGUUUGUAUCUUCCGUUCUAUUAAAUACAAGAACGCUAAUACAUUUCAUGUGAGAUGUAUGGGGACACAAGUUUAAAAGUAAACAUCGUAUCAAGAUUGAAAUACAUAUGAUUAUAAUGUGCGUUUCUUGACAUAUAAAAUCUAGUUUUGUGUCGUAUUACAAUUUUGAACUGUGUAGUUCAAACAAAUGUAGGGAACGCAUCAAUUGUGUGGGAAUUUUGAUUAUGUUACGACUUUAUGAAAAUUAGUCGAAAUAAAUAAUUUACAGAGUUGUAAUUAUAAAUUAAAUAUACUUAUUCUACUCAGACAGA